UAGGUCUCCUUCAUUGUGCCCUGUCUUCGUCACAGGUAGCGGUAAGCUAGGCUAGCUGUCAGUUCAUUCAGCAGCACCACGCCAGGGACGUUACAGGCUUUGCAGACUCCCCUUGCAAAUUAUUUUGCUGCACUGCACAAUGGCUGUCCCUCCAGCAUACUCAGACCUUGGCAAGUCUGCCAAGGACAUCUUCAGCAAGGGCUACGGUUUCGGCCUUGUGAAGCUGGACCUGAAGACCAAAUCUCAAAGUGGAGUGAUGGAGUUCAACACGUCCGGCUCCAGCAACACAGACACGGGGAAGGCGUCCGGCAGCCUGGAGACCAAAUACAAGAUGAAGGAGCUCGGCCUGAGCGUCAACCAGAAGUGGAACACAGAUAACACGCUGGCUACCGAGGUCACCGUGGAGGACCAGCUCGCUCAGGGACUGAAGGUUGCCUUGGAUACGUCUUUUGUACCAAACACAGGGAAGAAGAGCGGGAAGCUGAAGUCCGGCUACAAGCGCGACUACGUCAACCUGAACUGCGACGUGGACUUCGAGGGUCCCAUCAUUCAUGCCGCCGCCGUGUUGGGCUACGAGGGCUGGCUGGCCGGCUACCAGAUGGCCUUCGACACCGCCAAAUCCAAACUGGCCCAGAACAACUUCGCCCUGGGGUACAAGGCCGGAGACUUCCAGCUGCACACCAACGUGAACGACGGGACCGAGUUCGGUGGCUCCAUCUACCAGAAGGUGAACGAGGAGCUGGAGACGGCGGUGACUCUGGCCUGGACCGCCGGCAGCAACAACACCCGCUUCGGCAUCGCUGCCAAAUACAAGCUGGACAAAGACGCCUCUCUGUCUGCCAAAGUGAACAACGCCAGUCUGAUUGGAAUCGGCUACACCCAGAGCCUGCGGCCAGGUGUGAAAGUCACCCUCUCGGCCCUCAUCGACGGGAAGAACUUCAACGCCGGCGGACACAAAGUGGGCAUGGGCUUCGAGCUGGAGGCGUAAGGAGGACGCUCAGCACAGACGCCAUCACCUCAUGUAGCUCCUCCUCUCUGGACUCCCCUCACACAUUCCCGUUUCUGACGAGCGUCUCUGACAGUAACGGAGUCUCGAGCUGCGAGGUGGUGCAAAGUUACUGUUUUCAUGGCUGUGACACUAUUUAUUUCCUUGUAGGUCUUGGAUGAAGUAGUUGUUGGUGUAAAUGUGUAGUUUGUUCCAGCUGUCGUUCCUAAAAGCAUGUGAGGAUGAAAUUGUGGAUGCAGAGCUUCACGCUUGUUUGCUUGGCUUAAAAAAGGUGCAGUGUC